CGGACGCUCAUAUAAGCACUAAUAAUAAGCAGCGCCUUUCCCCAAGGGGUUCCCUUACGGGAGCCGGUUUCCGUUCGGGGCUUUCCGCAACACCUCCUGAUUGUAUUGUAUUAUAACUCUUCUAAUUCUUGCGAACUGCAGCGUACACAGUCCCAGUAGCCAUUCUGAGCCUAGUCCCUGUCCAACAUCCCCAGGAUGGACUUCAAGUACGUUCCGGACCGAUCGGGGCUGGAGGACGACUUGGCAGCGAAGUUCAGCGCAAGCCUGGCGCCCUUCCUGAACGACGUUGUGAAGACUCUGGGCAUAGCUGGCCCCGAUGACCCCGAAGGCGCCAUGUUUGCGAUCCCGCCGUCCAGCAUAAGCAACGAUCUGGUGGCCACCGAAAGACCCCUGUGCGCCAAGUGCUCGAACCUCAACGAUGAGGCCCUCCACAGUGAAGAGGGGUUCAUACACUCCCAGAGCCUGGAGGAUCUCUGCGGAUCUGCCCAGACUUGCGCUCUCUGCCAUCUCAUGCGCCUGAAGCUGUGGGAGGAAAUGGUCUGGUCACGCGAGUCCUGCGACGACUCCCCACACAACGCGUGCUUUACAGAUGCGCAGCUGAGCGAAGGGCUGCGGAAGUUGGCGGCCGAGCGUGGAGUCUUAUGGCCAGAGGAAGCUCCUAUAUUUCUCAAGUCGGAGGGAUCCGACUCCAGCGGCUAUGAACACAUCAUGCUCUUUACCCUUGUCGCAUUCCUCGAGCCGCGCGGCGACAGCUCGCACACCUACAAGCUUUGGUACCGAGGCUUCACCCUCGGCAAGUUGCUCCGGCAUGACGACAGGGCAGAAUCCGCCCGGCCGUUGCUGCCCCGAGGCGACGAACCUUCCACGCUGCAGCGCAUGCGGGAGUGGCUCGAGGCUUGCGAUGCAGACCUGGUUUCAUGGUCAAAGAGGCUCACUGACACGAAACUUCCGACGAGAGUGUUGGAUCUCCAGUCUCUCGGGAAUGAUCAAGACUCCGAUCUUCGGCUCUUCGAGACGAAGGGCAUCUCUGGAAGAUACGCCACGCUGAGCUACUGUUGGGGUGGUUACCAGGGCUGCAGGACGCUGAAAGCAAACCUGGAGGAGCGAUGCGCUCGAAUCCGGUACAGUGAGCUUCCGGCGCUGUUCCAGCAAGCUAUCACCGUCACACGCGGGCUGCGUAUUCGAUACCUGUGGAUCGACGCGCUAUGUAUUGUUCAGGAUGAUGCCGAGGACUGGAAGUAUGAGGCCGCUCGAAUGGCCGACGUGUACUGGAACGGGGCUUGCAGAUUGGCAGUUACCCAUUGUCAGAACCCGACGGAGAGCUUCUUCCCCCCGAGAGAGGUCGUGGCUUCCGUUCGCGUUCCCAGUCUUGAAGAAAAGGAGGAUCACGCCGAGGCCAGGCGGCACUCGGGCCCUGCUUCGUCGGACUGGGAGACGGAGGAAGAAGAAGAUUAUGGUGAUGGCGGGCCUAGCUCCAGUUCCGAUGCAAACAACCACGGACAACAGCCAAUAAUCGAGCAAGAGAACCCCAAGUCGACGCUCGACUCUUUCCAGGACCGGUUCAGCCACGCUCUAGUAGAAGUGGGCGCAAAAUAUGACAGCAAAAGAGAAGCAGCGCCGGAGACUCACCACAAAGUUUUCUUCUCGCUCCCGAGGAACUACGAGCGCGACGUCGACCUUGGCCAUCUCAACAGCCGGGGCUGGGUGCUCCAAGAACGCCUCCUAGCACCGCGCACAAUCCACUUCACCGCCGAUCACAUGUAUUUCGAAGACCAGGAUGACAUCUGCGGCGAGGACUGGGUGCGCCGGCAGUUCACGUGGCGGAGCUGCAUCAAAAAGAGAUCCAAGUCUUCCAGGAGCAUCCUGUUCCCCGAAGACAGCAUCCGUGACUUCGAAGGCGGCUAUGCGAACUAUGCCACCUCCGGACGAGCGGCGGAGCUCCUGAUGCAGCGGGCUCUCUUCGCUCAACGAAACUACAGGCAUCUGUCGGACUCCUCGGAUACGUGGCUCACGAUCGCCGAGUCCUUCAACCGGUGCAACUUCACAUAUCAGACGGAUAGGCUCGUGGCCAUCGCCGGUCUGGUGAAGCGGAAGCAAUCCACGCCCGGGUCGCAGUAUGCUGGCAGUAGGAAUUUCUUUGGGCUAUGGGAGAAAACGCUCCACGUCGAUCUCGCCUGGGUGGCAGCUACUACUAGGACUAGUCCUCAAAGGCUCACCCGCCUCAACAAUCUAAACCUGCCAAGCUGGACGUGGAUAGCAUACGACGGCCCCAUCACCUUCACCAAGGACCGCAGGGAUCGACGGAACCCCGGAACAGUUCCGAUCGCGCCCACUUCGGAAAUCCGCCUGGUCCACACGGACGCGCCCGACCUACCCGACAUCAUCGACCCGCUCCCGCUGAAGGCCGGAGGAGUCUGUUUCAGAGUAGCCACGAGGCUUCGCAAGCUGCCGUCGACCACGACGGCAGCCCCCCAGUCUAUCAACCUCCCAGCCGCCUCCUCCUCCUCCUCCUCCUGGACCUCACGCGAGCAAGUCGCGGCUGCGCUGCCCUACAUCCGACUCGAUCCCCACACCAGCACCAUGCCUAUGCUGCUGGGAUAUGGUAGUAGUAGUGGAGCACAGCCUGUGUUGGACCAGAACGGAAGUGUGGUGGGGAUUAUCGUGUUUGACGAAGGCGGCGGGUGUCCACGAGCGACAGACGAUCUCUACUGCGCUCAUAUCUCUACUUUGAAGGAUGAACGCAGGGAUCAAGCGCUGUGGGAGGUGCAGGCGGAUGACGGAGAGCAACGCCUCGGUGGUAGCAGUAUUUCCCAGCCUCCUAUUCUUGCGUAUGCGCUGGUCUUGCGCAGCGUUGGCGGGGGCCGGGAUGUAUUCGCCCGCGUUGGGCUAGCGGAGGUUGGGUAUGAUUGGAUUAUGGCGGGGGACGAACAGGAAGUGAGUCUCCUUUGAAGGACUACUAGUACUAGGUAAUUAGUAGGUAUCGAACAAGUUCUCCUAGUCGUACUACUACCCGAUAGUCAGUUAUCUCAUUUCAUCUCAGACCUAUUACCUUCCAAAUCCUCAUUUGCACCCUAAUAGGUUACCCGCUAAUAGGAGAGGGCGAGCCAGUCUGAUGCGUGGGAUCUACGAUGGACGGGUCGGGAUAAAGGCGUGCAGAGCUUUUUGUGUUGAUCUGAACAUCUUUGUGGGGGGGUAAGCUUCAUCUCGGCAAUAAAAUGGUCACUCUAUGACGUCUGAAAUUACUGAAACUCGACCAUCUUCUACGACGAUUUCUGCUGUCAGGGAUAGCCAAACCGCGUAAAACACAGUCAAUGGAGGUGUGAGUGUGAGCUUGGUCAUGUCGCCUGGAGCUGACCUACAAUGCAUUUUCAUCCGACUACGUACGUAAUUACAUAGCAGCCAGUUGCGGCUCGGAGCAGGAAUGCUGCGGGAAUCCGUC